AAAAAAAACCCACUACAAUUUCAUAUUAUACAUUUAAGACGUAUUCUGUGAGUCAGAGGCCAGAGCACAGAGUACUUUGUAAAUAAUAAAUAUCAGUGGAUAGUGGCCAAAUAGUGGCACAGACCUGUGGCACAGACAAAGACAGACGCACAGACCAAUAACAUAUAGGAUAACGGCAGACCAGUUCCUGCCAGUUCCUUGGUGGCUGGUGCCUGGUGGUUCCUUGUAACUUGGGGCUUGGACAGACUAGUAAUUCGGCACUCGUCUGUGGUAAUCCCGGCAGUUCGGCACUGGUCAGCUUUCUUUCUGGUCGGUGCUGCUCAGUUUACUGAAUAGCCGGUGGUGUUUGAUAAAGGAAAAGUUUUAUUCAGAUACAGGCCAGAUACGUAAAAAGUGCUUCAGAAAUUGUGACAAUGGCGACCGGUAGUCUUAAUUAUUAUAUCCAAACUGUGGAGAGAAUGUAUAGGCUUUUUCAAGGAGAAGAGCUUUCACAGCUUUUAUCUCUCAGAGAUGCACAUGUUGGCAAUAACAACCUUCGCUCUAGUGAUAUCGCCUCGCUAGUUGAAGGCAAUUGUGUAGCACCGCUUGAUGAAGUGAUUAUUUGUCAUUUGUUAUGUGUGAAGGCCCUCUAUGACAAGGAAUAUUUAGAAGCGUACAGUCACCAAAGUCAGUGUGUGGUGGCGACUGUGAAGAUACUGCAGAACCUAAAAGAGCAAAACUGGUGUUUGCCGCUCAUGUAUACUGUAUGCUUGGAUCUAAGGCUUGUUGCACAGAAAGCUGAAGCAUUCACAACACAAAGUGAGGGCAAGAUCUUAGAAAAGGCUGCUGAAAGUCUACUUUCAUGCUUCAGAGUUUGUGCUGCUGACAAUCGAACAUCAGAUGAAGAAACAAAGAGACUGGGUAUGUUAUACCUUGUCAACCAACUUCUUAAAGUAUAUUUUCGGAUCAACAAAUUACAUUUGUGCAGGCCACUCAUACGAGCUAUCGACUCUUCCCCGCUCUGGGACCAAUUCCCACUGGCGCAACAAGUAACAUACAGAUAUUUUGUGGGCCGAAAAGCAAUGUUCGAUUCUGAGUACAGUGCUGCAGAUGACUAUCUGUCUUUCGCCUUCCAAAAUUGCCAUAAGGAAAGUCAUAAAAAUAAAAGACUUAUUUUGACAUAUUUGAUACCAGUAAAAAUGUUGCUUGGAUAUAUGCCAACAGAAAAUUUGUUGAAAAAAUAUGACCUGUUGCAGUUCUUGGACUUGAUAACCAUGGUUAAAAAUGGGGAUUUAAGAGGAAUUGAUAAAAUUAUGGAGCAACAUGAAUCUUUUUUCAUCAGUGCUGGCAUUUACUUAAUUGUUGAGAAGUUAAAAAUUAUAGCAUACAGGAAUCUAUUCCGGCAAGUUUACCUUGUGGAGAACAAUCAUCAAAUAGAUAUAGCCAGUUUUCAAGCAGCUCUACAAAUGGUGGGACAAGAGCAUGUAGACUCUGAUGAAACGCAGUGUAUUGUAGCAAACUUAAUAUAUGAGGGAAAAAUUAAGGGAUACAUUUCAUACCAAUAUAAGAAAGUUGUUGUAAGCAAACAAAAUGCAUUUCCUCCACUCUCUAGUCUUUAAUGUUUCCCGUAAUGUACCUAUUUUCUGUAACCUAUUUUUAAUCUUUCUGUUAAAAAUAAUCUGUUCCUGUGCUUAUGUUCCAUCCAACCAAUUUUUUCUAAAAUAAACAUUAAUUAAUUCUA